AUGGUCACUCCACCAUCCGACUUCUACGGUUCAGGGGACUAUCCCUUUGAUGGGCACCCUUGGCAGCAACAAUCCGCAAAUGGGCAUGCACGUGGGCACACCACCGGCCUGAACGGCACACAUCCCCAGCCAACACCCCCACAAAAACAGGCCCCCAUUGCCAUCGUGGGCAUGGCCUGUCGACUGCCUGGAAAUGUAUCAAGUCCUGCAGAGUUCUGGGAGUUGUGCUCCCGCGCCAGAACGGGCUUCGGGCCCAUUCCCAAGGACCGCUUCAGCCAUGAUGCCUACUACCACCCCAAUGCAGGGAAAUUGGGCUCAUACCAUGCCAAGGGCGGCAACUUUCUCACACAUGUCGACCUCAAGUCGAUGGAUGCCCCCUUCUUUGGGCUGACAGAGAAGGAGGCCAUUUCAAUGGACCCCCAACAGCGACUGCUUCUCGAAUGCACGUUCGAAGCCCUAGAGAAUGGCGGCAUCCCGAAGCACUCCAUCGUCGGCCAGGAUGUUGGCGUGUUCGUUGGCGGCAGCCUGGCUGAGGCUGUUAUUCAUGGCUCGGGUGUCAACCAGGAUGGCAAGACACCAGGAAUCACCAUGCCCAACGGCACGGCGCAAGAGCGUCUCAUCAACAAGGUUUACAGAGAUGCCGGCAUCUCGCCGGGUGACUGUGGUUUCGUUGAGUGCCAUGGCACUGGUACGAAGGUUGGUGACCCAAUUGAGGCUACCGCCAUCCACAAUGCACUUGGCCAGGGCAGGACAGCUCGUGACCCACUCUACAUAGGGUCCGUCAAGUCCAAUAUCGGCCAUUUGGAGGCCGCAUCGGGCAUAGCCGCCGUAAUCAAGGCCGUUAUGAUGCUUGAAAGAGGUUUCCUGCUCCCCAACCACGACUUCAAGGAACCAAAUGAAAAGAUUCCGUGGAAGGAGUGGAACCUGAAAGUCCUCAAGCGCCAGCAGCCAUGGCCAAAGUCGAAGAAAUACAUCAGCGUAAACAACUUCGGCUUUGGUGGAACCAAUGCACACGUUGUCUUGGGCAAGGCGCCGUCCAUCCACAAGCCUCAGCCUCCCAAGCCAAACCAGGAACCACCGCAACAAGAGACACAAUCCAUGUUACGCCUAUUUACAACCACGCGGACACCAAAAACGGAUGUAGUCCAACCAGUCAACCCAAGCAACACCAAGUUGUUCGUUAUGUCAGCCAGUGACAAGGCGUCACUUCUAUCAGUCAUGAAGAGAAUGGUGGUGUACUUGGAGCAAAGACCAGAAAUCUUCCAAAAAGACCUCAUGGAGAAUUUUGCGUACACUCUUGGUCAGCGACGCUCAUUACUCCAAUGGAGAGCUGCUAUUGCUACAGACAGCUCAUUCGACCUGAUCGAAAGCAUCAACAGCGACAAGGUCAUUCCCUGCAAACAGUCCGCCGAGAAACCCAGACUAGGAUUCAUUUUCACUGGCCAGGGUGCCCAAUGGCACGCAAUGGGCCGUGAGCUCUAUCAUCAAUACCCCGUCUACGCGACAGCCAUCAAUCGCGCCAACGAGUGCCUCCGCCAGCUCCGAUCGGACUGGUCCCUUAGCCAUGAGCUUCUGGAGAGAGAUGCAAAGAACACAAAGGUCGGGGAGGCCCACAUCAGUCAGCCUUCAUGCACCGCGGUGCAACUUGCCCUUGUCGACUUGCUGCGCUCCUGGAACAUUGAGCCGGUUGCCGUGGUCGGACACUCAAGCGGUGAAAUUGGAGCUGCCUACGCGGCCGGUCUUCUCUCCUUCGAGUCGGCCAUGGCCGUGGCCUACCACCGGGGUCGUCUAGUGCCUGUAAUGAAAAAGAGGCACUCCGGCCUGAAUGGAGCCAUGACUGCAGUGGGAGGCUCUCCUGCCGCUAUUCAGCCCCUCAUCGAUGACCUCGCCGGUAACGUCGACGUCGAGGGCAAAGUCUCCGUAGCAUGCUACAACAGUCCGUCGAGUCUAACAAUCUCGGGUGACUCCACGGCCCUCACUGCAUUUGAAGACGAGCUCAAGUCACAGUACCCCGACAUGUUCUGUCGACGACUGCAGGUAGACACUGCAUACCACUGUCACCACAUGGAUACGAUAGCCGACGAAUAUCGAGAUUCCAUUGUCAGGAAGAUGGAACAGGGCUCCCAGGAUAACAGCAACGAGCCAGCACAGUUCUUCUCUUCACUACACGGCCACAGAGUUGACGGCCUGGAAUGCGCUCACGCCGAGUACUGGGUUCACAACCUGACAAACCCGGUUCGGUUCUCCGAGGCACUGGACCACAUGAUCAAGGAGGCGGAUUUGGACAUGCUGGUCGAGCUGGGGCCGCAUUCUGCUUUGCAGGGACCGAUCAAGCAGAUUCUCAAGGCUGCAGCCACAACUACCAACGGGGACAGUGGGAAUUGUUCAAGCCGUGAUUUCUCCAAGCUGCCCUACAGCUCGGCGCUAUCAAGAGGGAAGAAUGCAGUCCAGACGGCCUUAGACCUGGCCGGUAGUCUAUUCAUGCGCGGCGUCUUUGUCAACAUGGAGGCCAUCAACUUCCCGAGCCACGACCACUUUGGCGGUAACGGCAAGCUGCCAUCUUUGCUUACGGAUCUUCCAAUCUAUCCCUUCAACCACCAGCACAAGUUUUGGCACGAGCCACGGAUCGCGGAAGCACACAGGCACCGUGGCUCCUCGCCUCGGAACGACCUCAUUGGGCUCGAGGCAAUCUACUCCAAUGAUUUGGAGCCUACCUGGAGGAACGUCGUCCGGUUGGACGACCUCCCCUGGCUCCGUCACCACAACAUCCAGUCGGUGACAAUCUUUCCCAUCUCGGGCUAUGCGGCCAUGGCUCUGGAGGCUCUGUCCAAAUGGUGUCAGAAGAAAGAUGUUCGUGAUCAAGUAACCGAGUUUGAACUCAAGAACCUCGAGGUCCUCAAGCCCCUCGUUUUCUCUGGUGGUGAUUCCGAUGUGGAAAUGACAAUCACGCUGAGGCCUUCCGACCCUCGCGACCCUGAGGCCUGGAUUGAGUUCCAGGUAUGCUCUUGGGUGCAGAAUUCUGGAUGGACAAAACACUGCGUCGGCUUGGCUGCUGCACAACUUGAGGCGUCUCGGGAGAAGAGCACAAGUGACCCGAGCUCAUCUUUGAGACGCGAGAUCGAUGCAGACCUCUCAAAUGGCGACACUCAGAUUGCGCUCCAGGGCGAGUCAAUGUAUGCCCAACUUUCAGACCUUGGCGUCUCUUACGGUCCGGCAUUCCAGGGUAUCAACAGCUCCAACGCGUCGAUGCGAUGCUCCACAGCCAGUAUUACAGCCAUCGAUGUUACACAUGACAUGCCAAGCGAGCACUCUUCUUGCGAGAUAAUCCAGCCAAACAUACUUGAAGCCAUUAUACAGUCGUACUGGCCAGUUGCUCUUGCGAACGGAGCAGGUCGUGGUAACGAUGCAACUGUCUACCUGCCCUCGUCAAUUGGCGGAUUAAAGAUUUUAAGUGAGGCAGUGGCAGUCGCUAGGGGCCCAUCUACAACAAUGAAAUCAUGCUGCAAAGCAGACUUCCCUGCACUGAGCAAGGGAGAGCAGCCUCGAGCAACCAAGGCAUCCAUUGUGGCAUCACUGGCUCUUAGCCAUGAUGACGGCGGGACCUCGAGCUUCGGAUGCUUCAUUCAGAUCGAUGAUCUUAAAGUUUCUCCUGUCUCUGGUGGAGUGGCGCAGGAAGACAGCAACGCUAUUCCGGCUCCUCGGGAGCUCUGCUACAAAAUUGAGUGGGAGACGGUGGAGAACAAGUGUUCCAACAUCUCGUCUUUGACCAAGCUCGAGCCGGAAGUUGUCAUCGUCAAAGGAACUUCAACCUACCAGCGAGGCCUGGCUCAAAUACUGGCUGGAGCUUUGCACGAAGCAACGUCGUCCCACGCCCAAACCGGUGCUCUGGGCGAGGUUGACUGCGCGGGAAAGAUCGUCAUCGUCCUUGAUGAGAUCGACAAACCAUUCCUCACAACGCCAACAGAGGAUCAGUUCCAGCAGCUGAAGAGUGCCUUACUCGGUGACUCUGACACAAAGCCGCCCCAUGGUGUCCUUUGGGUGACUAACGGAGCCAGCCAGCCGGACUCUGGGAUGGUGACCGGCCUGAGCAGAACUAUUCGCUCCGAGACACUGCUACCAUUCGCAACACUAGACCUUGACAGCAGCGACGAACCACAAGCCAUGAGAUCAAUCCUCUCAGUGCUUGGUUACGUCUUCGCAGCCGCAGAAGAUUGCACUUCGGACAGCCAGGACAUUCGUGAGCUGGAAUUUGUGACUCGUAAUGGCACAGUUCUCACCCCUCGGAUCAAGAACGACGAGGACAUGAACAGCUACGUUCAGCAAAAGCUGGACCCCACCAUACCGGAGCUCCAGUGCUUCGGCAGGGAAGACCGGUACCUAAAGCUCAAUUAUGACGCCUUGUCAAAGACCUCUGCGACAUGCCUAUAUUUUGAAGAAGACAAUGAUCACACUCUGCCACUCCUACCGGGGGAGAUCGAGUUUGAAGUCAAGGCCAUCGGUACGAAUUCCUCAGAUCUGAGCCGCGAUCUAAGCUCCAGCGAUGUCCACCUUGGAGCCGAAGCAGCAGGAAUCGUCACUCGCGUGGGUGCCAGCUCAACCACCUUCAAGCCGGGCCAACGCGUCGCCGCCCUGGCACUCCCUGUUCCUGGAAGCCAACACGGCGGAAUGUACAGGACACUUGCCCGCUCAUCAACUGCCUCCGUGAUUCAUAUACCGGAGACUUUGUCUUUCGAGCAAGCUGCUGCUAUGCCACUGGCGUACUGUACUGCUUACCACGCUGUGGUGAAUCAGGCUCGGGUGACGGAAGGUCAGAGCGUGCUUGUGCAAUAUGAUGACUCUUCUGAUUGCAUAUCUGUGGGUCAUGCUGCCAUUGCUCUUUCGCAAUUGCUGCUCGGCUCCACAGGCAAGAUUUACCUAGCUGUUGAGUCCGAGGAACAGAUGAAGGCUGUGAGCAGCGAUUUCGGGAUCGCACAGGGCCGCAUCUUUCUCUCCCCUCGCAGGGGUAAUCUUUCCGCAAUGGUGCAAUGUUGUGGAGGUCAGGAGCGUUCUAAGGGCGUCGACGCGGUCAUAUCGGUGAGAGGCUCCUCAAGCAGUUCAGGGAGUAACACGCAAGUCGCUCAAGACUUGUGGUCCUGCGUGGCUCCCUUCGGCUGCAUGGUCGAUGUUCGUGCGGGCAGGACGACGGAGGGAGUCAACGCUUUCAGUCCAGUGAACAACUCCCGUUCGAAUACCUCGUAUAUCAGCCUUGACAUUUUCGAGCUGGCUGCCGAGAGACCCGACGUCCUCAACAACGUGAUCGCCAAGGUCGGAGGCUUGGUUGGCAACGGAAAGCUGCGUUCUCUCCCUAUGGUCAAGACCAUGCCAUUAUCUGAAAUCGAAGAGAUUUUCAGACGGGUUCACACUGGACAGCAACCGGAAAAGACCGUGGUCACGGUGGACGCUAACUGCAAGAUUCUGGCAACACAACGCACAAAUCCGUUGAAGUCUCACAUUCAACCCGAUGCAACCUAUGUCCUUAUUGGAGGUACUGGAGGUCUGGGCCGCAGCAUGACUCGAUGGAUGGUAGCAAACGGGGCCAGGAACAUCGUUCUGGUUUCUCGAAGUGCUUCUGCUUCCGGAAAGGUCAAGGAUCUUAUGAACGAGCUGAGAGAAACGGCAGGCGCCAAUGUGCUCCUGCGACGCUGUGACAUAGCGGAGAAGGCCAGCGUCGAGGCUCUGUUCCGAACUGGCAUGAGUGAUCUGCCCCCAGUAAGAGGUGUUAUCCACGGCUCUAUGGUACUCAAGGAUGUCCUUUUCGAAAAGAUGGAAUUCGCCGACUAUAUGUCAGUCAUCGAGUCCAAGGUGCAGGGUGCAUGGAACCUCCAUCAUGCCACCGCCGGCAAGUCAUUGGACUUCUUCGUCGCCAUCUCAUCAACAGCCGGCAUCGUCGGCAACCGUGGCCAAGCAGCUUACGCCGCAGCGAACACGUUCCUAGAUAGCUUCAUCCAGUACCGCGUAUCACAAGGGCUGCCUGCGGUCUCCUUGGACCUGACAGCUGUCGCAGACGCGGGAUACUUGGCUGAAGCAGGGGAUGGUGAAAGCGACGGGGCCGACAGGGCAGCCGAGGUCGCCAGAAACCUUGGCGCAGAAAGCACCAUGUACGAAGCCGAGGUCCUCGCCCUGCUGAGCGCAGCCAUCGAAGGGCGCACCUCAGCCUGCAACCACCAAGUCGUGACAGGCGUGCGAAUCCCACCAGAUAGGACCAAGCUACCGUUCUGGACCGCAGACUCCAAGUUUAAGCACCUCCGCGAGGAGGCCGAGUCGUUGAUCAAGCAGAAGGAGGAGGAAGAGGGUCGGAGCUCGGCCGCGAACGGCGCCGCGUCGCUCUCCUUCAACGCGAUGCUCAAGGCGGCACAGAGCACGGUAGAGGCAGAGGACGUCAUCUGCAGGGGGCUGGUGCACAAGAUCGCGGCGCUGCUGAUGCUGGAGGAGGCUGACCUCGACGUCACGCGUAGCCUGUCGCAUUAUCCGCUUGACUCGCUCGUGGCCAUCGAGAUUCGUAACUUCCUAACGCGGGAGUUUGAGGCAAAUCUGCAGGUGCUGGAGCUUCUCAGCAGCGGGAGUAUACAGUUCCUUAGCAGGGCCGUCUGUUCCAAGAGUAAAUUGUGCCAGGGGCUGGGGGCAUGA